UUUUAGUCUUGAAAGUAUUUGCUGCUGAAACACGCAACUAUGUUCGUCUUGUCGUGAAUGAAAGUUUAUCGAAAGUUUUAUCAUAUUUAGUCUUCGAUCAACAGAGUGCAUUGACAAAAUGAAAGUUCUUUUGGAGUUAGUUUUGUUUAUUGGUCUCGCUUGCCAAUGCAUUCAAGCCAAAUGCAUAUGGUAUGGCCAACAUCACAUGGAGGGUUCAUAUUGGUUGAAUACUUACUAUACUGGUGAAGCUAAAGCCUUGGAGAAUACAAGAGCUUUGGAACUCUUUAAGAAAAGGUGUCCAGUGCUAUAUCAGGAAUAUCAAAACUCGGAGGAUAAUCAACCGUUAAAACUUUGCUGCGAUGACGAACAGAUCUUCACAAUGGAUAACGGUAUGUCACAAGCUGAUGGCAUAUUUGGUCGCUGUCCAACUUGUGCUAUUAAUAUGGGACUGUCAAUUUGUGCCAUGACAUGUGCCCAAAACCAAAGUGAAUUUCUCGAUCCAGAUGUCGUUAAUAACGAGUACGUUAAGGCUGUAGACUACCAUAUUGAUGACGGGUUUACUGAAAAAGUUUACGAUAGCUGCAAAAAUGUUAUUCACACUGCAACAGGACGCCCAGCUAUGGAUCUUGCUUGUGGUGCAUAUGACGCUUUAACGUGCAAUCAUCAACGUUGGUUCAACUUUAUGGGUGACAAGACGACCAAUGAAUAUGUGCCGUUUCCCAUAAAUUACAAAUUUGAAGAUGAAAGUGAAGAGCGUCGUUACUUAGGGCCUGCUCUAAGCUGUGGCAGCUCGUUUGAAAAUUCACAUAAAUGUUCGUGUGUGGACUGUGAAGAAUCGUGUCCUGUUGGAGAGAUUCCCAAAGGUGAAAAAGAUGGUUUCAAGAUCUGGGGUUUAAAUGGUGUCACUUUUAUUGUGGCUGUGGUAGUUGGUGUUGCCAUAAUUUUUCUGGUAUUUGUCGGAGCUUCAGGUUUUUGUCGAUUACAAUUUAAACUCCCAGGGAUAUGUGGAGGCUUCGGGUUUAUGAAUCACCUGCUAUACAGGCUCUUCAGAGCGUGGGGAACAUUUUGUGCUCGAAAUCCCGUUCUAGUGUUGGCCAUUUGUUCUUGGGCUAUAGGAAUUCUAGCUUAUGGUGUACGCUAUAUGAAAGUUACAACGGAUCCAAUAGAACUUUGGUCGGGUGAAGAUAGCACAUCCCGGCAAAACAAGAAUUAUUUCGAUACUCAUUUUGGACCUUUCUACCGGACCAAUCAGCUCUUCAUUAAACCAACUAACACGGAAUACAUAACUCACACGACAACAGCUGGAGAAAUGCGUUUUGGUCCGGCUUUUGAGAAGAAUUUCUUGCGUGAAGUUUUCCAGCUGCAGUUGCAAAUUCAAGAUAUUGGUGCUAAAGAUGGCUUGGGAUUGGAAAAAAUCUGCUCAGCCCCUAAUAUGUAUCCAGGAGAAAAACCGAAGAUUGAGAAAUGUUUAGUGCAAUCAAUUUUUGGAUACUAUAAAAACAAUAUGGAGGAAUUCGAAAAGGAAUACGAACAGGAAGGAUUAACGGUGAACUAUUUGAAUCAUUUGGAAGAGUGUUUAAGAGUACCUAUGUUGGAGAAGUGUUUAGGACCCUACGGUGGCCCAAUCGAACCAAAUGUCGGUGUUGGUGGAGUUCCCAAACCAGCUCCCGGUGAAAGUGAAGACUAUCGCCUUGGAACAGGAAUUGUUAUAACUUUCUUAGUCAAGAAUUUUGUCAACAAAGAAGAAACAAAACCAGCCAUGGAAUGGGAGAAAAAAUUCAUUGACUUUAUGAAAAACUAUACUAAUGAUAAAAUGGAUAUUGCCUUCAGCGCGGAACGUUCAAUCCAAGACGCAAUCGUUGAACUUUCCGAGGGUGAAGUUAUGACAGUCGUAAUCAGUUAUUUAGUGAUGUUCGUCUAUGUUGCCAUAGCCUUGGGUAAAAUUCGAAGUUGCACUAAGUUCUUUAGAGAAUCAAAAAUCAUGUUGGCGGUUGGAGGAAUAUUCAUUGUUAUGGUUUCGGUUGUGUGCAGUUUGGGUUUUUGGGGCUAUUUCGAUGUGACCACCACUAUGUUGGCCAUUGAAGUUAUUCCAUUUUUGGUCUUGGCUGUGGGAGUAGAUAAUAUUUUUAUUAUGGUUCACACGUAUCAUCGACUUGAUAGGUCUCAAUAUUUGACAGUUGCUGAAGCUGUGGGAGAAGCUGUAGGUCAAAUUGGACCUUCAAUUUUACAAACAGCAGUUUCGGAAUUUGCUUGUUUUGCUAUCGGUACUCUUGCUGACAUGCCAGCUGUCAAGACAUUUGCCAUGUACGCUGCUGUUGCAAUUGUCUUAGAUUUCCUAUUUCAAAUUACGGCAUUUGUUGCCCUGAUGAGCUUAGACGAAAGACGUUUUGAAUCGGGAAGAUUUGAUUUGUUCUGUUGUAUAAAAUCAAGUAAGAAGCCACACCACGAAGAAGAUGUAAGUCUUCUUGAAAAAUUCUUCACUAAUAUCUAUGCUCCAUUUUUGAUGACCAAGAUUGUCAAAGUUAUGGUAUUGGUUAUUUUCACCGUUGUGACAGCUCUGUCUUUGAUGAUUAUACCAUCUAUUGAACUUGGUCUGGAUCAGGAAUUGUCAAUGCCAAAAGAAUCACAUGUCGUGAAGUAUUUCCAGUUUAUGGCUGAAUUGUUAUUAACUGGACCACCAGUUUACUGGGUCCUUGGUCCAGGAAUGAACUACUCGGAAAGAGCUCAUCAGAAUUUAAUAUGCGGUGGUGUAGAAUGUAACAAUAACUCUCUUUCGACGCAGCUUUAUAUUCAAUCAAGAUAUCCUGAGAUCACCAAGCUGGCUCGUCCCGCAGCAUCAUGGAUCGAUGAUUAUAUUGACUGGCUAAGCAUUGACACCUGUUGUAAGCUAAACCAAACCGAUGGAACAUUUUGUGCUAGCAAUUCAUACGCUGAAGAGUGUAUAUCUUGCCCGCGAUCAUUUUCCGAAGACGGCCUACGACCAACAGCAGAAACAUUCGACAAAUACAUUCCAUUCUUCCUCUCAGAUCUUCCCGAUUCCGACUGUGCUAAAGCUGGAAGACCAUCCUACUACACUUCUGUAAUCUACACCCUUGACGCAAAUGGUAAAAGCCAAAUUGGUGACACGAAUUUCAUGCAAUUUUCAACGACUGCCGUAACUUCGAAACAAUUCUACACAGCUUUGAGGGAAGCCAAUCGAGUAGCUCAAGAAGUUCAAGACAUGUUCAAAGCAAACGAAAUUGACGUCGUAUUCUUUCCGUAUUGUGUGUUCUAUGUGUUCUACGAGCAAUAUCUAACAAUUUGGGAUGACACAAUUUACUCCUUGGGACUGUCGCUCGUUGCUGUAUUCCUGGUAACGUUCAUCAUAACGGGAUUUGAUAUCAUAUCGUCUUUGAUGGUUCUUUUAAUGGUACUUUUGAUUCUUAUCAAUAUGGGCGGAAUGAUGUGGGCGUGGAGUAUAACAUUGAAUGCAGUGUCAUUGGUCAACUUGGUUGUGUGUGUUGGUAUUGGGGUUGAAUUUGUAGCCCACAUACUGAGAUCGUACAAGAAUUAUGCAGGUUCGACAAAUGAAAGGGCAAGUAAGGCUCUCUCAGUGACUGGAAGUAGUGUGUUGUCUGGAAUAACACUUACUAAGUUUGCUGGUAUUAUUGUGUUGGCAUUUUCCAAGUCGCAGAUAUUCCAGGUGUACUACUUUAGAAUGUAUUUGGGGAUAGUAUUGAUUGGGGCAGCACAUGGUUUAAUUCUUCUACCAGUGGUGCUGAGCUUAUUUGGACCUCUUUCAAAAGCCAAGAAACAAACAUUGUUAUAAGUUUUUAUUUAAGCUUAUUUUAGUGCUAGUUUUAAAAUUGUUUUUUAAGUAUAAUAAAAAGAAUAAAAAGAAAAAAAUUAA